GGAAACCCUGAAGUGGGCUCCCCCCGAACCUCAGACCUCCAGCACCCAGAGAACCAGGACUCUUGUGUCCUCUCUUCUCCCAGUGAAGAUGCACAGCCAGGGGAGGAGCCCAUCAAGUAUGGUGAACUCAUCGUUCUGGGGGCAGUGAAGCCCCACACUGGCUGGACAUCAGAGCCACCUGGCGAGCACAUUGGAAAAUACCCAUUGACAGGCCCAUCCCAAACCUACAGAAUCAGAAUCUCCAUGUGUGAGGCCGGGGAAGAUUCUGAUUCAAGUGGUCCUCAGCUGUAUUUGCCAGCUAUUCAUCCUUUUCACUUCCUGCCGCCAAACCUUCCAUGGCUCCCCACUGCUUAUGGAAUAAAGUCCGGAAUCCUCAGCCUGGUGUUCAGGGCCCUCCCACCAAGUUCAUUUUCCCCUGCUGCACUUUACCACCCAAAUCAUCACUCUGUGAUCUCACCAAACCCUUCCAGCCUCAAGGCCUUUGCUCAGGGUGAGCCCUCCUACAGAAAGUCUUCUGCAGAAGAGGCUGGAGUCAGACAGACCCGAGUUCACAUCUAGACUUUUCCCACUGACUAGCCUGGGACCUCAGGCAAGUCAUUUUAUCUCCCUGAGCCUCAAUUUUCCUCAUUCGUAUAAUGAGAAGAAAGAUACUUGCCUGGCAGGACGUUGCACACGUUCCAUUAGGUAAUUAAUAAUGCGAAGCACCAAGAACACGGGAGGCUCCGGUACAUGGCAGCGAUCAAGGUUAUGACUCACUCCAUCUUUGCCUUCCACAAUCAUUCCCUCCGGACGAGAGCUGGAAAGGAAGCUACAAUGGGUGUCUGGCAAGUGGGGACAAGGGCCGCCGCCGAAGCCGCCUGGCACUGAACCGCCGGCCACACGCCAAUGGAGUGAAGCCGGACGUCAUGCACCAUAUCUCCACACCGCUUGUGUCCAAGGCACUGAGCAACCGUGGCCAGCACAGCAUCUCGUACACACUGUCCCGGAGCCACUCGGUCAUAGUCGAGUACACACAUGACAGUGACACAGACAUGUUCCAGAUUGGCCGCUCCACGGAGAACAUGAUCGACUUUGUGGUAACAGACACGUCCCCUGGAGGAGGGGCUGCCGAGGGCCCCUCUGCCCAGAGCACCAUCUCCCGCUAUGCCUGCCGCAUCCUCUGUGACCGCCGGCUGCCCUAUACCGCCCGCAUCUAUGCCGCUGGCUUCGAUGCCUCCAGCAACAUCUUCCUUGGAGAGCGGGCAGCCAAAUGGCGGACCCCUGACGGCCUGAUGGACGGCUUAACCACCAACGGGGUCCUGGUGAUGCACCCAGCAGGCGGCUUCUCUGAGGACUCGGCCCCGGGUGUCUGGCGGGAGAUCUCGGUCUGUGGGAAUGUAUAUACUCUGAGGGACAGCCGCUCGGCACAGCAGCGGGGGAAGCUGGUGGAAAACGAGUCCAAUGUGCUGCAGGACGGCUCCCUCAUUGACCUGUGUGGAGCUACGCUGCUGUGGCGCACGCCGGCGGGGCUGCUGCGGGCGCCCACGCUGAAGCAGCUGGAGGCCCAGAGGCAGGAGGCGAAUGCAGCGCGGCCCCAGUGUCCCGUGGGCCUCAGCACCCUCGCCUUCCCCAGCCCGGCCCGUGGCCGCACGGCACCUGACAAGCAGCAGCCCUGGGUCUACGUCCGCUGUGGCCACGUCCACGGCUACCACGGCUGGGGCUGCCGACGCGAGCGGGGCCCCCAGGAGCGCGAGUGUCCUCUCUGCCGCCUCGUGGGGCCCUACGUGCCCCUGUGGCUCGGCCAGGAGGCCGGCCUCUGCCUGGACCCCGGGCCGCCCAGCCACGCCUUCGCACCUUGUGGCCACGUCUGCUCUGAGAAGACUGCCCGCUACUGGGCUCAGACGCCACUGCCCCAUGGCACCCACGCUUUCCACGCUGCUUGUCCCUUUUGCGGGGCCUGGCUCACCGGCGAGCAUGGCUGUGUCCGCCUCAUUUUCCAGGGGCCGCUGGACUAGGCUCCCUGGGGGCCCCCUGCUGCCGCGCCCGCCUGCCCACCCAGGUCCCCCACCUCCUGCAGCCCAGAGGGAGCUCUGCAUGUGGGACUCUACCUGCUGGCACAUCGCCACACCAGAUGGACGGGUUGGAUGGAUGGUGCCCUUCCCCUCUUAACUCUGGCUCCAAAGGGGGGUCUCUGGGACCCCUACCUUGGUCAGAAUGAUGGGGCCCUCAGCACCAGCUCUGUCCCGGGCUGAUGGAGGGAGGCUCACCCCUACGCCCUGGCCCUUCCUGGGGCAUCCCACAUCAUGCCACCUACACUGUGCCCCUGGGGGAAUGAAGGGGCCAUGGGCCCCUGACCCCCAGCUUAGGCUGGCUGUGCCCUGAGCCUGCCGACCCAGUUCCAGAUAAUCACCCUGCUGCUGCCCUGGGUUCCUCUAUAAACCUUGCUGCUCAGCUGCCCUCACAAAUCCCUCGUGUCCUGCAUGUGUGCAACGCCUCCAGCCCCUAAGGGAGUGCCGGGUGGGCAGCAGGCUGGGACCGACAUCUGCGGAUACCUACUGUGGGCAGGACUCCUUGCCAAGUGGGAUCUGGGGACACAGAGACAGAGACAGUCAGACCUGGUUCCCUGCCUGGUAGAGUUCACAGCCUAGUGGAUGACAGACCAAUUACUGAAGGACAGCAUGGCUUCCUGUGUGCUGGGAUCAGAGAAUCACCAGGAGCUGUGAAGCUGGUCUCACUGGAGGGUAGAAAAGUGAGAAGUGAGAGAGGCUUCACUGAGGAGGCGCAUAAGGGCUCUGCCUCGUUGGACUGCUGGGAAUCCCCACAGGAAGGAUCCACAGGAAGUGGUGGGGGGGUACUUAAGGCAGAAGGGAGGCCGAGUACAGGCUCAGGUGUAAGUAUGCAGGGAACUGAGUGAGAGGUUCAGAGUGGCUGGAGCAUGGGCUUCAGGGGGCAGAAAGGUGGCUGGAACGAGAUGCUGGCGCCAUGCUGACAGGGAAGAUGCUGGGUGAAAGUUCCGAUUCUCAUUUCUGGACAGUCAGGAGUUGAGCAGGGGCGGGGGGGCGGGGAGAGGACUCGUGGUUCCAGAGUGUUUGCUGUGACACAAGGGCUACCAUCACCGAAUGCCCACUGUGUGCCCUGCACUGUGCUAAUGGUAAUAAUAACUAUGUUCAUUGAGCACUCACCAGGCACCAGGCUCUGCUUCUCAGAGGUUUUAUUAUUUAAUCCUCCCAGUAACCCAGGGAGGGAGGUGUUACCAUUUCUGUUUACAGGGAGAUUAAAACACAUGCUCCAAGUCACACAGCUGGAAAGUGGCCAAGUCAGAUUCGAAUCCGCAGCUGACUGCCUAGCCUCAGAGCCUGCCCUCUCCCCAUCACACUGGGCUGCUUUCCUUGGACAGGGAUGGAGGGGUCUGGAGGGCAACCCAGGUAAGGGGAACAGCAUGGGCAAAGGUGUGGCAGGGAAAAUGCUUGAUGACCAAUGAGGUGGGUGUGAGGAGGCAGAAAAGAGGAAUGAAGGCUGGGAAUGUUGGGCUGGGGUCUGGUGGGCCUUGAUUGCCAUAGAGGCCAAGUCUGAACUGGAUCCCUAUUCAUCUUGGCUAAGUGUCGCCUCUUCCUGAGAGCCAAGGCAAGCUCGGGGUGCUGCUGGGAUUGUCCCAGAGCUUUCCUGGGGCAAGCAAGUUGGAAAGACAGGUAGAUGGAGGUUCUGGAAAUAUAAAAAUCUGAAGAAGAGGCUCUGAGUACCAGCCUGACCUGGGCAUCAUCCCCAGUGGAAGACAGAGCCUUAGGGAGUACAGAUUCCAAGGGGAGGGACCUGCCCUAAUCCACACGGUGGGCUGGAGCCACAGAGACCAGACCGGGGACUGUUGAGAGGAGAGAGGGCACUUGCUGGUGGUGAGAGGAGGUGAUCAGACUCUUGCUUCUAGAGCAUCACACUGUCACAGAGGGGGAGCCCAGAUGGGGAUGCUGGGGUGGACUUGGGAGCAUUGCAACUACACACACACACACACACACACAGCCAGAGCAGUAAGAAUCCAACUCUUUCCAGUUCCUCUCUUCUCACUCUUUUGAGAACCAAACGGGGGAACACUCCCAUGCCAUUUCUGUCAGGGAACCUCAGACUCUCUAGGAGGAGAGGCAAGCAAAAGGCACACGUGCCACACGAGGGAGAACUCAGAGGUGUUGGUGGAGGGGAUCAGACAGCCCUGGUCUUGGUUCAGCUCUACCCCUUUCCAACUCUUGGAGCCUCAGUCUCCUUAGCUGUUAAAUGGAAUAACAGUCCCUAUGUUGCCAGGUGGUUGUGAAUGUAUGGAGGACACCUGUAACAUAGUAUGUACUUAAUAUUACUUCCUCACCU